UGCUGGGCAGCUCCGUCCGUUGCAGCCGUGGUUCCUGGGCCGUGCGCUCUCUGGACAGUGAGUGAUGCACGGGCAUCAGAGGCCCAGGAGUCCACCAAGUCCACUGUAGCCCCGGCCCACUCCUAGUCCACUACUGCCAGCGGCGGGGCACGGUGCUCUAUGGACCACAGCACGCCGGAUCUUCUUGUCUUGCCAGGUUGGUCGGGCAUCCCAGGUAACUUGCAAGUCUACAGACAAGAGAAGAAGAUGAAGGAAGAUUUUCCACCCAAUUUCCAUGUGCCUAUCAGCAACAGCAAGUCUAUUCUCAAGUCAGAGCUGUUAAACUUGCUAAAAACCUACAACUGCUACCAUGAGGGGGGAAGCUUCCAACUGAGACAUAGAGAGGAAGAAGGGACUCUGAUCCUCGAGGGGCUCCUCAACAUCUCUUGGGGGCUGAAGCGGCCCAUCCGGCUCCAGAUUCAGGAUGACAGGGACCGACUGCAUUCGUCCCCCACUGUAUGGAUGGCUGGGCAGCCCAGUUGUGACCAAAAGGAGCCCUCUUCUCAGGACAAUAACAGGGGCCCUGCCAAAGAUCCAGGAAGUGAGCCUUUCCAGAGAGCAGAGGACUCUAGGCAUAGCUCAGCGCCCCUAAAAGAGGAUGCAGAUGUCCCACAGCGACUUCGGACCAGGAGUGAUGCCAGUUGUAUGAUUCAGAGGAGACCUAAGCGCCACACACCCAGUGAGGCCCAGAGGGUCCGGCAACACCGCUUCUCCAUCAAUGGACAUUUUUACAACCACAAGACUUCCGUGUUUACCCCUGCCUUCGGCUCCAUGACCAACGUGAGGGUCAACAGCACCAUGACAACCUUGCAAGUGCUCACCCUGUUGCUCAACAAGUUCAGAGUGGAAAAUGGCCCUGGGGAAUUUGCGCUCUACAUCGUUCAUGAGUCUGGGGAGCGGACAAAACUAAAAGACUGUGAGUACCCUCUCAUUUCCAGAAUUCUGCACGGGCCAUGUGAGAAGAUCGCCAAGCUCUUCCUCAUGGAGACAGACUUGGGAGAGGAAGUUCCCCAUGAUGUUGCUCAGUACAUUAAAUUUGAAAUGCCGGUGCUGGACAGUUUUGUUGAGAAAUUAAAAGAAGAGGAGGAAAGAGAAAUAAUCAAACUAACCAUGAAGUUUCAAGCCUUGCGUAUGACAAUACUACAGCGUCUGGAGCAACUGGUGGAGGCCAAGUAGAUGACCAGCUUCUGCCUGUCCCACAGUCCCCAAACAACUGCUACAAUGUGUCCCUGUGUUGGGCCCUGUGUUGGGUACCGACAAGGGUCACUGAUUGACAGCCCUGCCUGAGGAACUCAGUGCCUAUUCCUCCCCAUCGGCAUAAAACUGAUGUCCUGAAUCCUUCACCUCUGACUCUCAGCUCCCACAUGAAUAUGCACAGGACCAGGCCAGUCCUGAGGAGGCAGGAACUGGUCAGGUGAUAGCUGUGUACAACACUGGCCAGACAGAGUAGACCCCUAAAGCUGUGACUUUAGAUGGCCAUUGCCAGUCCUGUUUACCCCAUAGCUCUCAUUAGGAGAGCAGUAUCUGGCUGAGUCUUUGGGAUGUGCUUCCUCCUCUCUAGUGUCUGGCCCAGAGCCUGUGAAGGGUCACCGCUUCUGACCCCAUCACUUAUCCUAUCAACCAUGGACUCCCUGCUUGCAUCAUCAGGUCAAACUUCUACUCAGGAAUUCUGUAUAGAAAGGCAGAAGGAACCCAGGCAAGGACAUGGCCCUGCUUCCAGCCAACACUUACCCAUAACAUCUCUGGCCUCCUAGUCUCAGAUGUUAGGAACCCCACCCAACUCAGCACCCCAGACAGAGUCCAGACAAGGUAGACCACAGAGAUUCAGCUUAUCUAUAGAUAGCACAGCACUGGAUUUGGUUUUCCCAGUUAGACCUGGGGAAAUUUUUAUAGGGAACAAGAUGCCUGUCUGUUUGAUCCUGUUGAGUAGGUGGUCAACAUGGCAUUGAGAAGAAGCUAACUUCAUGUGAACAAGCACCAUCUGGAUUGUGCCAACAGAAGCCCUGCAUGGGUUGUGGCCCUUACCUUCCACAGGUUUGCUUUUCCUGUACUGGGAUGCACAUCAGGAAAUUCUUGCUGUUUUCCCUCAAAGGGACAUGGUCUGUUUGGGGAGAAAGGACUUUGGAUUCAUUCCCUGGGGCCAGAUAAUGAACAGUUUAUGUUUGUUUGCUGAUGAAGAAUUUCUGGAAUGAGAUGACUUUGCAUAACUAUGAAACAGUUUACAUGACUCAACUGAAGUAAUUCUCCAAAAUAAGGGAAAACUGAAGACUCAAAUGUGUGCCUUGGUGGUAUCUGUGGGUGGUGGGUGCAGAGGGAAAGACCAUGCAGAGCUCCUAAGAUAGGAGUGCUUCUGUGUCUACUGUGCAUAAAAAAGCACGGUCUUGAGACAGCUGUGUAGUGAGGAUCCCAAGAUGACCUUCACACCAGGGCCACCCUGCCCUUCUCCCAUCCCUAUCUCUGUCUAGCUCUUUUAAAGCAGCUACAUCAUCAGAGAGACACACAGCAUGACAACAUGGGAAGCUGUGGUAAGGCGUCUGUUGUCUGUGCACUCCCUACUUGAGCAAGAUUUCCUCGGUGCUCAGUAAAAUCAGACUGUUAAUUGCUGUGGAUCACAAUGUUCGUUUCUUGUUCAUAGGACUGUGGGAAACAGUGAUUUCUCCCAAGUCAUAUCCCCCAAAUAUGUUAGACUUAGGACAUUGCUUGCAG